UUGGUUUUCAAUUCUGUUUUUAUUUUUUAAGCUAGCACAACAGUUGCAACUCCACUCCUGGUAACUCUCUGUUGUUUCGGAUUGUACUCGGUCAUUGAGGGUAAGGCCCUGACCCCUGACAUUGCCUUUGCAUCCCUCUCCCUCAUCAACCAAAUGAUAAUACCGCUAUUUGUUCUGCCAAUGACCAUUGCGUUCAUUGUCAAUGCAUACGUCAGUACCAAGCGAUUACAAGAAUUCUAUAUGGCACAGGAAGUCGAGGAGCGCGAUGAUGGUAGGUUACGCCAAGAUUCUGAUAUCAGUGAAGAAGUUGAGGCUGACGGCGGUAUAGAUGACCAAGCAGACGGAAAACUUCCUUCUGUUGGCUACCGCCAACUUUCAAACCCUAAGAGCAACUUGGUGUCCCAUCAGAAUAGUGGUGCAAAUUCUUAUGGGACAUUUGGCAGUUCAAACGGACCAGCAAUGAAACACAAUCUACCAGAUGGCAUUGCAGUCAAGAUAACAGAUGGAAACUUUGUUUGGGACAUGGAGUCAGCUCAACCAACUUUGUCUAAUAUUAACAUUGAGGUGCCAGCAGGUAAACUUACCAUGAUUGUGGGUCAAGUGGGAUCAGGAAAGUCAUCUCUACUGUCCGCCAUUUUGGGUGAAAUGAGCACUGUCUCCGGUGAUGUUCAGUUUAACAGUGAAAAGAGUGGUGUGGCAUACGGAGCACAGAAGGCCUGGUUAUUGAAUGCAACUUUGAAAGAUAAUGUUCUUUUUGGUGAAAAGCUUGAUAAUAAUAAAUAUUCACAGGUUAUUGAGUCUUGUGCCCUCCAGCCAGACAUUGAUAUCCUGCCAGCCGGUGACCAGACGGAGAUCGGUGAGAAGGGAAUCAACCUCAGCGGAGGUCAGAAGCAGAGGGUCAGUGUCGCUCGAACAAUUUACAGCUCCGGAGAUAUUGUGAUUUUGGAUGAUCCAUUAUCUGCUCUCGAUGUGCACGUAGGGAAGCAACUGUUCGAGAAGGGUAUUCUGGAAUUACUUUUGGAAAAAGAACGCACAGUUAUACUGGUCACGCAUCAAGUCCAGUACUUGGAACACGCUGAUCUCAUUUUAGUAAUGAAAAACGGAAUGAUUGAGCAUCAAGGAACCAUGGACGAAAUAUCACAGGUGAACCCUGAACUCUACAGUAGCUGGCAGACUACCGUCAAAAAAAUUUCGGAGACCGAGGAUGAAUCAGAAGAUGAUGCUACAGCAGAAGAACGAAGAAAACUUAAACGACAGUUGUCAAAGCAGGUUUCAGUGGAAGAGGAAGGAGAAUCAGGUAAAGAUAAGUCUAAAGAUGGGAAGCUGAUUCAGAAAGAAGAGCGGGUCAGAGGGUCGGUAUCCAAGCAAAUCUAUUGGUACUACAUGCUGGCCGUGCGUCUUAGUCUGUGCGCCCUUGUUAUUUCUCUUUCUGCAUUAUACAACGCGGCAAAUGUUGGCACAAACUUUUGGCUGUCUGCCUGGACCGAAGCUGGUGCUGACUUAGAAAAUGCAACAGAUACCCAGCUAGAUGACAUUUUAAGCAAGUACUUAAGUGGAUAUGCUGGGCUAUCGGUGACUAGUGUGGUUCUUUCUGUAUUUGCCUCUUCCCUAGCAAUGUUUACCGCUUUGCUAGCUUCUAAAAGAUUGCAUGGUGGAAUGCUGUACAGGGUUAUGCAUUCACCAAUGAGGUUCUUUGAUACAACACCUGUUGGUCGUAUUUUGAAUCGUUUCUCAUCAGACAUACAAACCACAGAUAUGAAACUUGGACAGACAGUAGGAUCAUUUUUGAGGUUCUCAUUUGCAUGCCUCUCAGCAAUCGUUGUAAACGCUAUUGUUUCGUGGUAUUUCAUUGUUGCUAUUAUCCCCAUCUUUAUCCUCUACCUCAUCCUUAUGAAGUUUUUCAUCACAACUUCCAGAGAGUUACAACGUCUGGACAGCAUCAGCAAAUCUCCUGUUUACGCUCAUUUUUCAGAAUCGCUUGGCGGUCUUUCAACUAUUCGUGCCUACUGUCAAGAGAAUCGCUUUAGACGUAGUAUUUUGAAGAAGAUAGAUAGAAAUAAUACUGCCUACAUCUAUCUACAAACAGCUAAUCGAUGGCUUGGUAUCAGAUUAGAUGUAAUAGGUGCUUUAAUAGUUCUUAUAGCUGGUCUGUCCACAAUGAUCCCAGCCUAUUUUGGAAACCUGAAACCUAGUCUUGUAGGCCUAGCCAUUACAUACGCAUUGUCAAUGGCCUCACAGUUAAAUUGGGUUAUACGAAUGUCAGCCGAAAUGGAAAUGAAUAUGAAUGCAGUGGAGCGUAUCAAUUACUAUAGUAACUUAAAGACAGAAACUUAUGAAGGUUCAAUGUACGCACCGUUGGAUUGGCCUGAUAAGGGUGAGAUCCAGAUAAAGGGAAUCUCAGUGCGCUAUGCUCAGGAACUUGAUGCAGUACUGCAAGACAUCACAGUCAGCUUCAAGUCUGCAGAAAAGAUUGGAAUUUGUGGUAGGACUGGUAGUGGCAAAUCGUCACUCACAUUAGCUCUCUUCAGAGUCAUUGACACUUUUAAAGGUUCCAUCGAUAUUGAUGGUAUCAACAUAGGCAGUUUGCCAUUGACUGAACUUCGCAGGAGGAUAGCAAUUAUACCUCAAGACCCAGUCCUAUUUACCGGUACCAUACGAUUCAACCUUGACCCUAUGGGUGAUAGCUCCGAUGACGAAUUGUGGGAAGCAAUAGAAAUCGCUCAGAUUAAAGAUGUUGUAUCAGACCUUGAAAAGGGGCUAGAUGCUAUGGUGACUGAAGGCGGAGAGAAUUUCAGUGUUGGUCAGCGUCAGCUUUUCUGCCUCGCGAGGGCGUUUCUCCGCAAGACCAAAAUUCUUAUUAUGGAUGAGGCAACAGCUUCUAUUGACAUGAAGACCGAUGGCAUCCUCCAGGAUGUAGUUGCUACAGCGUUUAAGAAUAGAACAGUUCUAACAAUUGCUCACCGUGUUUCAACUAUCUUGAACUCGGAUCGUAUCCUCGUAUUGAGUGAAGGAAGGAUAAUGGAGUUUGACUCGCCAGAUGUGCUCCUAGCUAAAGAGGACAGUAUUUUCUCAUCAUUGGUAAAGGCUAACAUGUAAUUGCCUCUACCGGAUCAAGAUGAACCCUAUUUAAGACGAUGCAACACUGUCUGAUGUUGUCGGUGGCACUCUGAAUGGAUCAUCAUUCAAAACGAUCCGUUACAUGCGCGUUUUCCAUAAAAUCACGUCGGUCGACGACCGUGAAUGCCCAGCUUAAAGUUCCAAAAUGAUCAUGAAGCAACUACUGAAAAGCUCACUAAUGUGGGAAAAACGCAUGCCAUUUGCCCAAGUGGUAUGACAGUGCUAUACCCAUAUAUAGGCAAGUCGCAAAUUGUUUUUUUUUUUUCCACAUAGUGUGGACAGAUUAAAUUGGUUGAGGUUAAACGCAAACAGGAGUUACUGUAGCCUUGAAUGGAAGAUGCCAAAACAAUAGAACUACAGAAAAAGUGGUUUACUGGAAGGAAGGUUGGAAGAUUUUACAGCUCAGAAGGAAAAAAAAAUGAUGAAAAAACGAAAAAAAAAUGUAAAACAAGAAGACAUAGAAAAUUGUGAUUAGUAUAUUGUUUAUUUCUACCAUAUUGAUAAUAAUGAAAAUAAUACAUACAAUUAUAAACAAAUAUAUAUAAUAAUAGUAAAACAAAUCACUAUAUAGUCCUUAUUAUUAGGGAGGGCUGUGGACAGUAUUCACUAAACUUAACAAAAAUACUUAUGAAGCAACAAUAACAAUCAAGAAAUAAAUUACUGUACAUCCAAGUUAAAAUGAAUCCCUUAAGAUUUGAACUCUGUGUAUUAUCUUCAGCAAUGAUAGGGGUAAUAUCGGCAUCAUGGUAGCACAGUGUGCUUUUGGCAAUGCUGAUUAAUUAGUUGAAUUAGUGAGCCUUUCUGAUUGCUUUGUGGGCAGCUAUGGAGGGCAAUAAUUACAGUGAAACUAAUAAUAUUUAACAACAAUUUACUUGAACAAUUUAUUUACUUUAUUUAAAGUUUAGAAUGAGAAUCUGUAUAUUUUUAGAGCUUGGGGAGGCCAUCAAUAAUGUAGCACUGUUAAGAGAGUUGUUUUGACAGUUGAAAACUUUGGGAGUUGAUUUUCAGAGCUUGUCAUUUGGACUUGUGAACAUUUUGAUGGCCUCUUUUUCAUACAAUCUUUUUCUAUUACAAUACGUUAAUUGUCAAUAAAGAGUGAAUUUCUAAACUGCA